AUGGUCCACCCCGCGCUGCAGCCCAUCAUUGACUUCUCAGCGGGAGCCAUUGGAGGCACUGCGUGUGUGAUGAGCGGGCAGCCGUUCGACACGACUAAAGUGAAGAUGCAGACCUUCCCGUCGCUGUACCGCAGCUUCAGUCAGUGCUUCCUGGACACCUGUAGGUCUGGAGGAGUGAGGGCUCUGUAUAAAGGCACAGCUCCAGCUCUGGCUGCUAACAUCAUCGAGAACGCAGUGCUCUUCUUCAGCUACGGCCGCUGUCAGGACGCCAUACGUCUCGUGUGCGCUCUGGACAAAGGGGCGGAGCUGAGUGACCUGCAGAGGGCCAGUGCGGGCUCUCUGGCCUCCAUCUUCUCUGCCACAGCCAUCACCCCGGCAGGGUUGGUGAAGUGUAGCUUACAAGCCAUGCACGAGAUGGAGGCAGCAGGGAAGAUCACAGCAGGACACAAGAGUACCAUGUGGACCGUGGCACGGUCAGUUCUGAAGGAGCAUGGAGCUCUGGGUCUCUUUGUAGGGCUGUCCUCCACCAUCCUGAGAGACAUCCCUGGAUACUUCUGCUUCUUUGGAGGCUACGAACUGUCUCGUUCCAUGUUUGCAAAGUACAUUGGAACAGACAAAGAGAGGAUAGGUAUGCUGCCUCUCAUGUUCAGCGGGGGCUUUGGAGGGGCCUCCUUCUGGCUGAUGGACUGUGUCAAGUCUAGGAUCCAGGUUUACUCUUUAGCUGGGAGACAGGAGGGCUUCAUGAAGACCUUCAGGGCUAUAGUCCAAAAGGAAGGUGUAGCAGUCUUGUAUUCUGGCCUGACCCCCACAUUGAUACGCACCUUUCCCGCCAACGGAGCUCUGUUCUUUGCCUAUGAGUCCAGCCGCAAGUUCAUGAUGGAUCAAGUGGGAGUAGCCUUAUUUUUAAGGAGCUUUUCCACUAGUCUGCUUUGGGGUGCCAUGGCUCAUCCCAUGAUUCAAUCCAUCAUCGACUUCUCAGCAGGAGCCAUUGGAGGCACUGCGUGUGUGAUGAGCGGGCAGCCGUUCGACACGACUAAAGUGAAGAUGCAGACCUUCCCGUCGCUGUACCGCAGCUUCAGUCAGUGCUUCCUGGACACCUGUAGGUCUGGAGGAGUGAGGGCUCUGUAUAAAGGCACAGCUCCAGCUCUGGCUGCUAACAUCAUCGAGAACGCAGUGCUCUUCUUCAGCUACGGCCGCUGUCAGGACGCCGUACGUCUCGUGUGCGCUCUGGACAAAGGGGCGGAGCUGAGUGAUCUUCAGAAGGCCAUUGCUGGCUCUCUGGCUUCCAUCUUCUCUGCCACAGCCAUCACUCCCACAGAGCUGCUCAAGUGCCGUCUGCAGGCCAUGCACGAGAUGGAGGCAACGGGGAAGAUCGCAGCAGGACACAGGAGUACCAUGUGGACAAUUGCUCGGGCAGUCCUAAAAGAGCAUGGACCUCUCGGGAUGUUCGCAGGGCUCUCGUCCACGAUGGCCAGGGAGAUUCCUGGAUACUUCUGCUUUUUUGGAGCCUACGAAGUGUGUCGCUCCACAUUUGCAAAGUACAUGGGGACAGACAAGGAGGGCAUAGGUAUUCUGCCUCUCAUGUUCAGCGGGGGCUUUGGAGGGGCCUGCCUCUGGCUGAUGGUCUUCCCCAUCGACUGUGUCAAGUCUAGGAUCCAGGUUUACUCUUUAGCUGGGAGACAGGAGGGCUUCAUGAAGACCUUCAGGGCUAUAGUCCAAAAGGAAGGUGUAGCAGUCUUGUAUUCUGGCCUGACCCCCACAUUGAUACGCACCUUUCCCGCAAAUGGAGCUCUGUUCUUGGCCUAUGAGUCGAGCCGCAAGUUCAUGAUGGAUCAAGUGGGAGUCUGA